UGAUGUGGAGGUUUUAAAUUCCUGAUCAAACGCUUCCCGACUGUAUGGAUGCUUCCCAGAAGGAUUCUCAUCAUCUUCCUGAUAUCUUAAAGACUAUUUGGGGGGAAUUUGGUGCCAGUCCUAGGAGUUGACUUGGGAAUCUUUGAGUUGUUUGACGUUGGAUUUUUUUUUUUUUUUUUAGAUACAUUGUAUUUUGGAUGUCUAAGUUGUAACCAAGUUCAAAGAAGUCAUCAGAAAAACAAACCGUCUUUUUGAAUUGAUGAGCUGAAGAGUCUAUAACGUUCAUUCCAUCGUUACGCACCGGCGACGCGUAGACCACCCGGUCGACACACACACACACACACACACACACUCGUCCUCAUCCGUCCCUGCGUCAUGUCAUCGAGCAGGAGCAUCGAGUGGGAGCACUUCGAGGAGCGGGAGAAGGCGCCGCGGUCAGGUCGCGGGAGCGCGGCCAGCUCGCGCUGCGCGUCCCGCGGCAACGGCAACGGCUACGGCUCGGUGGCGAGCCCCGCGCACAGCGCGCACUGCAGCUUCUACCGCGCGCGCACGCUGCGCUCGCUCGCCGCCGAGAAGAAGGCGCGGAAAGUGCGCUUCUACCGCAACGGCGACCGCCACUUCGAGGGCCUGGCGUACGCCGUGUCCGGUGACCGCUUCCGCUCGCUGGACGCGCUGCUCGCGGAGCUCACGCGCUCGCUGUGGGACGGCGCGAGCCUGCCGCAGGGGGUGCGCUGCAUUUAUACUAUAGACGGCGCGAGGAAGGUCACCAGUCUGGACGAACUUGUAGAGGGUGAGAGCUACGUCUGCGCCUCCAACGAACCCUUCCGCAGAGUGGACUACACCAAGAACGUGAACCCCAACUGGUCAGUGAAUGUUAGAGCAGUAACAUCUCGCUCGCUCUCGUCUUUACCCAUACUAAAAAACGAGCUGAGGGAGCGAGAAAACAAGGACUUCAUCCGGCCCAAACUGGUGACGGUGAUCCGGAGCGGAGUGAAGCCUCGCAAGGCUGUGCGCAUCCUCCUGAACAAGAAGACGGCACACUCGUUCGAGCAAGUCCUCACAGACAUCAGCGAUGCCAUCAAGCUGGACUCUGGAGUGGUGAAGAGACUCUACACCCUGGAGGGGAAGCAGGUCACGUGUCUGCAGGACUUUUUUGGCGAUCACGACGUGUUCAUAGCGUGUGGCCCGGAGAAGUACCGCUAUGCUCAGGAUGAUUUUCUGUUGGAUCACAGUGGUAAGGCUUGCGCAGCCUUUCUGAAUGAGUGCCGUGUGCUGAAAUCUUCCUGUACGUCUCGCUCCACUACUCCAGUGAGGUCGAGUGGCAGUAAGAGUCCCGCACGGCGCAGCAAAUCUCCUGGAUCUGUGAGGAGAACUUCUCCAUACUUGUCCGCCAGCGGUCAGUCUCCGGUCAAAUCCCCAGUUAACGGUGUGGUUCCCAGUCAGAUUUCCACCCCCAAAUCCACCAAGUCUUCCAGCUCGUCCCCCACGAGUCCCCGCAGCAUGCGCAACUUCAAGUUUAGUUGCAACAAGCGGAUGGGAGCCGCCUUCCAUCUUUCUGUGAAGAUUCCGACUCAUCACUCAUCUGCGUCUAAUGUGAGCGUCUCGUCCGAACAGCAUCUGCCUCAACACAUGGACAUCACCAGCCUUGAGGUUAAUGGAAACAGAAACUCCACAGCCUCUGUCAUUGUGGAAAAGUACAAAGUGGGGAAAGUUAUCGGGGACGGGAAUUUUGCUGUGGUGAAGGAAUGCGUAGAACGGUCGACUGGAAAGGAGUUCGCCUUAAAGAUCAUUGAUAAGAAGAAAUGUCGUGGCAAAGAGCACCUGAUUGAGAGCGAAGUGGCCGUACUAAGGCGGGUCAAACACCCCAACAUCAUAAUGCUGAUGGAGGAAGUGGACACGCCCUCUGAACUUUAUCUCGUCAUGGAGUUGGUUAAGGGUGGAGAUCUGUUUGACGCCAUUACAUCCUCUAUGAAGUACACAGAGAAAGACGCCAGUUCCAUGGUGCACAACCUGGCGUCCGCUCUCAAAUACCUGCACAGGAUGAACAUCGUCCACCGAGACAUCAAACCUGAAAAUCUUCUGGUGAGUGAAUAUCCUGAUGGCACUAAAUCUCUGAAGCUGGGGGACUUUGGUUUAGCGACGGUGGUGGAUGGCCCGCUGUACACCGUGUGUGGGACUCCUACUUACGUUGCCCCGGAGAUUAUAGCAGAAUUGGGUUACGGCCUAAAGGUGGACAUCUGGGCAGCAGGUGUGAUUACCUACAUCCUGCUGUGUGGCUUCCCACCUUUCCGGAGUGAGAAUAAUGUUCAGGAGGAGCUGUUUGAUCAGAUCCUGCAGGGCCACGUGGACUUUCCCUCUCCAUACUGGGACAACAUCACCGACUCGGCCAAGGAGCUGAUUGGCCGGAUGCUUCAGGUGAGCUCUGAGAUAAGGUACACAGCUGAAGAUAUUUUGUGUCACCCCUGGGUCACGUGUCCUUAUGCAAAUGUGUAUCAGGCCGACACUGCUGUGGACAACAACAUGAAGAUGGAGGUGACGGGGAAACUCAAGAAGCACUUUAUGUCCGCGCAGAAAGACGGCAACACCACCGCCGGAGUCUCUGUUAUCAUGAACACAGCUCUUGAUAAGGAGAAGCUGCAGCUGUGCCGUCGCAGUCAGGGGAACAGCGCCGCCCUGCCUGAAGGGGACAGAGGAUCAGGAGACAGCCGCUCUGAAAAGAAAUGUCCCUCCAGCAUAUCAGAGAACAACGAAAACCCUCUUCCGGCUUUACCCUCCGCUUUGCCCUCUUCUGAUGCCGCUCCGCUGUCAUUAUCUCCGUCCUCUCCUCAGUGUAGUGAGGAACCCAGCGAGGAGCGAGCUUUCCAGCGGGAGGAAUAGAUCAGCUUAGAACAAGAACAACAGUUGGGAGAUGAAGGAAGCUACUGUAUACAAUACAUGUUUCAUUGAUUUCAGUUUAUUUCAGCUUUUGGCUUUUUUUUUUUGUCUGAAGCUGAUGCUUUUUUAUUUAUUUUUUCUUCCACUCUUUAUUGGAAACAAUAACGAGAUAUAAAAUAUAUGAGUUUUAAAACAACAUUGAGUUUUUAGUGUUAAUAUUUAAACCCUAGUAGCUUCCCAAAACCCUCUUUUUUUGUAGUUGUUUUUUUGUGUUUAACUCAAUAACGCAUAAUUACACAGUAGAUUAAAGCUAUUAAUUCGGUGCUGUUUAAAACUUUAUUUAUGUAUUCAAUGCUUUUAACAUUUCGAACUUCCCUGAUUCAUUAAGGGCUUUUCUUUAACAAAAAUUUUUAUUCCUGGCACUAUUUCAAGUUGUACCUCUAGUAAGGGACAGAUAAAUAAAUCCUGAGCCCCUGGCCAGAAAGCUUAGCCGUACCUCCAUGACUUACUGUAUGUCAGCACUUCCGCCUGGUGAAGGUGGUGAUGGUGGUGGUGGUGGUCGUGGGAAUGUAAUGGUGUGUUGAAUGCACACUACAAGAGCCCUCAUGAAGCCCUCACACACUACAACCAAACACAUGUAGAAUAAAAGCAUGUAUUACUACACUACAUAUCUCCAAGCACUAAGGGCAUUUUCACAUUAGGGCCAAAGAUCGCUUCUGAGAACACUUGAAUCCCAAAGUCUGGUUCAUUUUGAUUAGUGUGAACAGAAUCGUUCCACCGUCGGGUAAUCGUGCCCGGUGUCUGCUGGACAAAUUAUGCAGUUCAUUCAGGCAUGGAUCGAAUCGGAUAUAUUUGUAUGCGUAUAUAGUAUAUAGCAUGCACCAAUCUCAUUUUCUGACCCACUGAUAGAGCAUGCGAGACUGUUGCUCUUCACAUUUUCUUCGAAAAUAUCAAUAAUAUUAAGUAAAGUGCGAAGAUUGACAUGCUCUUCUCGCCUUCUAUUUGUGUUCAACGGCACGUCACAAACCAACUAAGUGCAUACUGCCACCUGCUGUAAAGGAGAGUGAAAAUACGCAAGUGGACCCGAGUACGGAGAAAAAUAAUAGUGUAAACAUUAGCCAGCAGGGGGGGGGGG